AUGUUGAAGCUGAAGAGCCCGUACCCAGAGCAAGGGGGAUUCGCUUCCCUGGCCCACGUGCCCUCUUUCCAGCUGGAGCACAGCUACCCACAGCACAUGGAUGGCAAUGGGAGUUUGAAUGGCAGUGAUGGCGGGCAGAAAGAGGGCCUUCCUUACCCCUUGCCCACUACCUUAGCCCUCAUCUUCCUGGCCACGCUGCUGAUGCUCUUCACCAUUUUUGGCAAUGUAUUAGUUAUCAUUGCUGUCUUCACCAGCCGGAUGCUGAGGGCCCCUCAGAACCUCUUUUUGGUUUCCUUGGCCUCAGCAGACAUCCUGGUGGCCACCUUGGUCAUUCCGUUUUCUCUUGCCAACGAGGUGAUGGGCCAGUGGUAUUUUGGGAAGGUAUGGUGUGAAAUCUACCUGGCUUUGGAUGUACUCUUCUGCACCUCUUCCAUUGUGCAUCUCUGCGCCAUCAGCUUGGAUCGCUACUGGUCCAUUACGCAGGCCAUUGAGUACAACCUCAAGCGCACACCACGCCGCAUCAAAAGCAUCAUCUUCCUGGUUUGGGUCAUCUCAGCUGUCAUCUCUUUCCCACCGCUUAUCUCCAUUAUGAAGCAGGGUGAGCCUGAGAGUCAGCUCCGUGAACAAACAGAAUUGAAACCUGAGAACAAGUUGCCAAGCUGCAGUAUCAACAAGGAACCCUGGUACAUCAUCUGUUCUAGCAUUGGUUCCUUCUUUGCUCCCUGCCUUAUCAUGAUCCUGGUCUACAUCCGUAUCUACCAGAUUGCAAAAAGGAGGUCUCGAGUGCCUCUCAACAAGCGAGGGGAGACUGUAGAGAGAAGACAGAAUGGAUUGGAUGACAAAGACGAUAUGCCUGCAAUAACCAAGCUCAAUGGGGGGAAGACAGCAUUGGCAGGAAGGAGCCAGGAAGCAGAAGUCAAUGGUAUAGACCUGGAGGACACGUCUUCUUCAGAGCACAAUGACACCCCUCAGCCUAGGAAAGCAGAAAGGCUCCCCAGAAAUAAGGGCAAAACCAAACUCUGCCAAAUUAAGCCUGGGGACAAUUUGCCUAACCAAGUAGAAGAGGAUAGGAAUGCCAAAGCUUCACGAUGGAGGGGUAGACAGAACCGAGAAAAACGCUUCACCUUCGUACUUGCAGUAGUGAUUGGAGUUUUUGUUGUCUGCUGGUUUCCUUUCUUCUUCACUUACACAUUGACUGCUGUUUGCAACAGCUGCCAUGUUCCUGAUACCCUCUUCAACUUCUUCUUCUGGUUUGGUUAUUGCAACAGUUCCCUGAAUCCUGUCAUCUAUACUAUCUUCAACCAUGAUUUUAGGAGGUCCUUUAAAAAGAUUCUCUGCAGAAUAGACCGGAAAAGAAUUGGGUGA